AUGGUCAUUCGGGACCCCGGUCUGGCGGCCCAAUCAUGGAAAAACAAAUUCAACAACCUUUAUUUAUUAAAAAAUCAUUUUUUAGAGACUAUUUGGACUAUUGUUCCUAUAUUUAUUUUAAUUUUUAUUUGUUUUCCUUCUUUGAAGAUUUUAUAUUAUAUGGAUGAAUUAUUAAAUCCUUAUUUUUCUAUUAAAGCUGUUGGUCAUCAAUGAUAUUGAUCUUAUGAAUAUCCAGAAUUUAAUAAUUUAGAGUUUGAUUCUUAUAUGGCUUCUUAUAUAUUAAUUGAUCAGUUUCGUUUAUUGGAUGUUGAUAAUCGUUUAAUUGUUCCUUUUGGUGUUCCUAUUCGGUUGGUUGUUACUUCAGCUGAUGUUAUUCAUUCUUGAGCUUUGCAGUCUUUGGGGAUUAAAAUUGAUUCUGUUCCUGGUCGUAUUAAUCAGGUUAAUUUAUAUUCUAGUCGUCCUGGUUUGUUUUUUGGUCAGUGUUCUGAAAUUUGUGGUAUAAAUCAUAGAUUUAUACCUAUUGUUUUAGAGAGAACAACUUAUAAGUUUUUUACUGAUUGAGUUAACAAGGGAUAG